AUGGCGACACUCCCUGGCGACAUGGGCUGCGUCACCUACGGCUCGGGCAAAGCGCUGGAGAGAUGUGGCCGCUGCAAAAACGCUCACUACUGCAGCAAAGCCUGUCAAGGCAAAGACUGGCCACUCCACAAGGCCAUGUGUAAGCGCCUUGCCGCUGCUGCUGCUGCUUCCAUCGCCCCACCAGGGACCACAUCCACGAUAGUAUCAUACCACCUACCCAAGGACUCCCCACUAGACCUCACCUUCACAUCUAUCUUCAUGCCAUGGAUCAGGCCCAACCAUUCUGUUGCGGAGGCUCUCGGUGGCAUCAUCUCCGGCUCGUUGCAAAACCGCAUUGCUGAAUUACCUCUCACUCACGCCCUCGGAUUCCCGAUCUUUUUGGCCAUCUGCUCUGAUCUAGAAGCAGCCAUCUCACUGUCCAAUCUGUUUAUCAACAUUCUCUCUUUCGAUCCGGACCCGAAGUCCAAAGGCUUCGCUCAGCCGACCCUGAUCGAGAAGCACUUUGGCAAAGUCCGUCUGAUGCGUUGUGAUCGCCGGCCGAUGCACGAGGUACACAUUGAGACGCUCGGGAUGUACGCACUUUAUGGGCUGGAAGAGUUUUUACAGGCGUUUGCAGCCUAUCUCGAGACGAUGAAGGCCGAUCAGGACCCGGAGGAAAAGAAGCGAUGGGAGGCAGCUGGGAAGCCUGUUGAGGUGUCUUGA